AUGAACAAUCUUUACUAUCCUCGAAAACCUCAUAUUUCCCAAACACACCCCGACAAUCUACAUACAGAGAGAGAAGAGAGAAGAGAGAAGAGAGAAGAGAGAGAGAGAGAGAGAGAGAGAGAGAGAGAGAGGAUGGCCGGAGAAGAAUCAAAGGGGGCGGCGAGGAAGAGAGGGGUGGAAUCGUUAGGAUGGCUGACGGAGUCAACCAUCAUGCCACGCAAGCAGCGAUCGAUCGAAGGAGUUGGUGCUUCCUCCAUCCUCGAGCUCAAGGCCCAGCUGUACAUGUCCCAGGAGGAGUCCAAGCGCCACCCCAAAGAGCCAAUUAACUCCGCCGACCGUCAAUACGCCCAACAUCUCGAGGUCCACCGCGCCAAGAAGAUUAUUUCAGGACAAGAUUCUUUCGCCCCUAAAAACUCCGGCGUCGACGCCCGUGCUGCCAAGGAUAAACUUGAACUAAAAGCCGUCAAGGAUGGAUCAGCAAGCUAUGCUGCAUUGGAGAGGAAAGCAGAAUUAUAUGAAAAACUUGUUAGGGGAGAACUUUCUGACGAAGAAGAUAGUGAGAAGUACUGUGUUGAUUUCUUUCGGAAGGGUCUAGAGAAGGACGAGUCACGGAGCCCUCAAAGGGUUGAUACUUCUCCACGACAAGCCCAAGAUAUUCAUGGUGAUGGUGGUGGCGAUGAUUUUGUGUCAAACGAUACGAAAGCUGCUGGGCUUGGGAAAACAUCUGCUACAGUUGACAGGAGUCAACAUAAGCACUUUGUACAGGAGGUUCAUGAAGAGGCAAAUGAAGCGAGGGAAAAGGUGUCGGAGCUCAAAAUGCGCAGGCAAGAGCAAGCAACUGCUCGAAGAGAGAAACUGAAGCAGGCCUAUCUCCGGAAGCAACUAGAUAAAUUGAAAGCAUCUAAAGCAGAUCAAACUUCACAUUGAGGUGAUUAAUUAUUUAAUUUGCAAAUAAACGUGAUAGUACGUAGCGAUUAUGAAUUUUGAUUCAGCCUCAAGUCUCUUACAGAGUUGAUUAGAAUUAACAUGUAUAAGUCUUGCGAAUAUUAGUUGGUCGAUAAAUGGAAUUUGAGGAUAUUGAAUCA